GCCAGCGUUAUAAGGUCAAAGGUCACACCGCUGUGCUGCGGCCAAGCGGGAGAUUCAGACGAUGGUUUCACCAGCAAAGUCUACUGCAGCAGUUUUUGACGUCUGACGUUGGAAUUCUGCUAGAUUAGUUUAUCCAACACAAGAGUGAGCAGGAUGUCGUUUGUUCGCGUAUCCCGACCACGACAACGCUUUAACAGCGGAUCCAGCAAAGGAAGGAGAAAGCCCAGACCCAAGCCUUCACCGCCACCCUGGGAUGACACAACCUCAGACCUCAGCGUACACAAAGCAACAGAUGAAGAGAUUAAACACCGCCACGAGGUGCACCAGUCCAAGAACCUGGAUGUUAUCCGACUGGAGAACCAGAAGAUGAUGAUACAGAAAGCUCGUGCUCGACCAAAGACCCCUUCAACAGUGGAGAAGCGGAAAGCUGCACUUCUGAGGGAAGUGUUGUAUGAUCACAGUCAGUUGCAGGACGUCCUGUCCAAGUCUGACCGUGUCAUGGCUGUGGUCAGAGACUUGUUUGGAGAUGACCCAAAGAGAUAUACAGGGUUCCCCAAUGUGACCAAGGCCCCUGACAACCCCAGUGGGAGAGGCCCAGUGAUAGAGCCCCCUGAGCAGCCCACCCAGCUCUCCAUGUUGAGUCAAUCCAUUAUGGACCAGAGUGCUCUGAAUGAAGUGGAUGCAGAAAGAGAGCAAGGAGAGGCUGGCGAGGAACAGACACUUUCACAGCAGUUUGAGUCCAGGCUGGACCUGCAACGUUUCCGAAGGUUCUUGGAACAAGAGAGACAGCAGGACAGCACCCUCAGACAGCAGGACAGCACACUCAGACAGCAGGACAGCACACUCAGCACAAUCCCAGGGGAACAGCAGGGGCAGCAAGGUGCAGCUACCAGUACCAUGUUACAGGCUGGUACCUCUCAUCAAGUGGAGAACUCCAACCCUGUUAGGACAGUCAACACAAGUCAGAUGCAGUGUUUCAUAGUUAGUUGA